CUUCUUCCUCUCCCCUUUUUCUGGCAAGGUUCAGUGCAGAUUCUGAGCUAUGUUUAACACCCCAUUUGUACUCUUGUUUGCUCUCUUACUUACCCUACCUCUCUUGUUCCUCUUCGCCCCUCGAAUCCUCCCUCCUAGACGCCUUACAAUCUCUAUUCCCGACGAGCUUGACGACCUCGCCCUUUUCCGGCGAGCCAUCCUCUCUUCCGUUCACCCGCCGGGAUCUGUCUCCCGUCUGGGUUCCACCAACGCUAAACCCAAAAUCGCUUUUCUCUUCCUCACCAACACUGAUCUCCAUUUUGCCCCUCUCUGGGAGAAGUUCUUCAACCCCUCGAAAUCGAAUCAACGAAAUCUGUAUAAUAUAUACAUCCACGCCGAUCCAGAUUCCGACGUGAAAUCCCCCGGCGGCGUCUUCGAAAACCGCUUUAUUCCCGCUAAAAAAACCCAGAGAUCUUCUCCGACUCUCAUCUCCGCCGCUCGCCGCCUACUGGCUACCGCCAUCCUCGAUGACCCGCUAAAUUCUUACUUCGCUCUCGUCUCCCAACAUUGUAUCCCCUUGCAUUCCUUCCGUUAUGUAUACAAAACGCUAUUCAAACCGCCCACUGAGUCGACUUGGUUCCCGACUCGACUCAGUUUCAUAGAGGUGUUAUCGGAGGAACCCCAACUGUGGGACCGGUACACCGCCAGGGGCAAAAACGCCAUGUUACCGGAGGUUCCGUUUGAUAAAUUCCGGAUCGGGUCGCAGUUCUAUACGUUGACCCGAGCGCACUCUUUGUUGGUAGUCAAGGACCGGAAGCUAUGGAGGAAGUUCCGAUUGCCAUGUUUGAACGUGCAUUCGUGUUACCCGGAAGAACAUUACUUUCCAACGCUUUUGUCGAUGGAGGAUCCAAAGGGAGUCAGCGAGUAUACCCUCACUCGAGUCAAUUGGACAGGCAGUGUGAAUGGUCACCCACAUACAUACCAUCCGUCGGAGGUUUCGCCGGAGCUAAUCCGGUCACUGAGAGUUUCAAACUCGAGCUUCUCAUACCUUUUUGCCCGGAAAUUUUCGCCGGAUUGCUUGCUGCCAUUGAUGGAUAUGGCUGAAAAGGUCAUUUUCCGGGGAUGAUGACCCAGGUUUUAUUAUGGUAGUAGACAAUAAGUGCGGUUUCGGGUUGCAACCCGACCCGACCCGACCCAAAUCGUGUUGGGUUGAUGGAGCUUAGAGUGGAGUUCUAUAGGAGGAAGAAAAAAGCAACACCCAAUGCGUUUCUUCGACUCUUACUUCUCCCGUUUGCUCCUUUUGUAAAUAUUCUUUCAACUUUUGUGGCUUUUUGGUUUUAUUUUAUCACCGAGUGUUUAUAUGAUGUAAUAAAUCAAUUGCAGCUUCAGUUCUAAUACUGAUAGUAAGUUACGUAAUUCAGUGACUUCAUGGUUUAUGUGC